AUAAAAUGUUCAAAAUGAUUUUGUUUAUACUUAUUGUUGGAUGUUUAGGAAGUAGUGGAUCAUUUUAUACAAAGAAUUAAUGCAGUUGUGAUUAAAUGUAAUAUGAGAGUGAUUGUACAAAUAUGGGUCCAAUGUGUACUUGGGAUGGAAAAUCAUGUACAACAUUAGAAUGUAAUAAGAUAACUGAUUCUAAUGUUUGUGCUUCUAAUUUAAAAUGCAUGUGGAAAGUAACUACAUCAGGAGCUUCGUGCACUGAUUUUACAUACUGCAGUUAAUUAUCUGGAUCUACUUAAUUAUAAUGUUUAACAUAUUCUAACAAUUGUCCAUUUACUAAUGGUAAAUAGUGUGGUUCAUAUAAUUAACUUUAUACUUGUUCAUCAUUUAAGGAAAGUCAAUAUUGUGAAGGAUAUAUAUCAUAAUAAGGAAUUUGUAUGUGGAGGGAUACUUGUACACCUGCUUAAAUUUGUACAGUACUUAAUUAAAAUGAAUGUGCAUUGGCAGCAUAUGGGUGUAAAUAUUCUACUGCUGAUGGUUGUACAUAAUUGCAAUGUUCUGAUUAUCCAACUUAAUAAUCUUGUACCUUUGUUAUGUUGACUAUCUAUAAAGGAGAUUAUUAAUUAUGUAGUUGGGAUUCUAAUGCCGGAAAAUGCCAAGCUGCAACAAAUCUAGGAGGAUUAGGAUAAGGAAAUUGUUACUAAUAAACUUUGGGUACUGCUAGAUGGGUUUCUACUUCUGCUGGAGGAGAAUGUCAACCUUGUUAUGCUCACAUUUUAUUUGCUUUCAUCGUAGUAUUAUUCAUUAUUAUGAUCUGAUACUUAUAUGUUCAUGAUCGAAUAUUUAUGG